UUUUUGGAAAAGCUUCAAGUAUAUUUUAUUUCUCAGCAACGCUAUAAUUAUUGUUUCCUUGAAUUAUUAAUUUGAUUGGCAGGUUUGAUAAACCUUAGAUGUGGAAAUUGUAUAGGAGGAACACAAGGGGCAACCUUAGUUACAGUGUAAAGAAAAAAAAUCUGAAAUUGGGAAAUUUUGGUUUUAGUAGUUAGAAACUUUAGGUUCAUGUUUAAGGUAUUUGACUAGUGCAACUGGAUUUAAGGGAACAUAACAAUAUUGGAAAUUGAGGCGUUAUAACUGGAAAAAGAGAAACAAAUCUUAGAAAUUCUUUCUUUCUUUAUGAUCAUGUUUAGCAAGAAUUAUGGAAAAAAGUGAGCCUUCAUUGAUACCGGAAUGGUUGAAGAGCGGUGGAAGUCUUACUGGUAGUGGCAAUUCAAUUCACCAAUUUACAUUAUCAUCUUCACAUUCAGACAAUCGUUCUGCAUUGAGGCAUGCCAGAAAUAAGUUGUCUGUUGAUAGUGAUGGUGAUAUAGGCCGGACAUCUGUUUUGGAUAGGGCCCCUUCUGCCUAUUUUGGGAGGAGUCCUAGUAGCAAAGGUUCUUCUGACUCAUGGUCUUAUAGCAAUUUUGCUAAAGGCAACCGGGAAAGGGAUUGGGAAAAAUUUACUAAGGUUUACCAUGAUAGGAAGAAUGCUGUUCUCAGCGACCAUAGGAACCGAAACUAUUCUGAUUCUCUGGAUAACUUGUUGCCGAGCACAUCCGAGAAGUAUGUCUUACAGCGUUCACAGUCUAUGAUAACUGGCAAGCGUAGUGACACAUGGCCAAGGAAAGCGACAAAUGAAUCUUGUAGCAACAGCAAAAGCCAUCAUAGCAGUGGUAAUGGUAAGCUUAGCACUGUUGUCCGUGAUAAAUCUGCAUUUGAGCGUGAUUUUCAUUCGCUUGGUGCUGAAGAAAGACUGGUAGGGUCUGAAAUAGGAAGGGUUUCAUCUCCUGGCUUGAUUAGUAAAUCUGCUUUUGAACGUGAUUUUCCUUCACUUGGUGCUGAAGAAAGACAGUUUGGGUCUGAAUUAGGAAGAGUUUCAUCUCCUGGCUUGAAUAAUCUUGUGCAGAGCUUGCCAUUAGGGACCUCACCUGGCACCAGCAGUGAUGGUAGAGCAUCAGCUCUAGCAGACAUUCCUGUGGGCUUGGGAAGUAAUGGCGGAGGUGUUGCAGUUGUUUCACCAAAUGUUUGUGCAGGCUCGACUCCAACUACGACGAUGGGCCUUAAUAUGGCUGAAGCAGUGGCUCAGGGGCCUUCUCGUGCUCAUACACCUCCAUUGUUAAAUGUUGAAACUCAAAGGCUUGAGGAGCUGGCUAUCAAACAAUCAAGGCAACUUAUUCCCUUGGUGACAAUAUCGACACCUAAAUGUCUGGUGGCCAGUCCUUCUGAGAAAUCGAAACCUAAAGUUGGACAGCAGCUGCAUCCUUCAGUCUCUGUUAACUCCACACGUGGUGGAACUUCAAGAUCUGAUGGCAUAAAAGUUUCUAAUGAGAGCAGGCUUUGCAUACUCAAACCAUCACGAGAACAGAAUGGUGUCUCCAUAGUAACCACUAAGGAUAACUCGAGUCCUACUAAUGGAACCAACAAAAUUGUGAGUAGUCCGCUAAGCUUCACUCCUUCAGCUGCUGCAUCUCCUCCCUUUAGGAGUUCAGGCAACAGCCCCAGGUCUGCCCCUGCUGAGCGUAAUCAGACUCCAUUGCGGUUAACCAUGGAGAAGAGAGCAACUGCUCAAGCCCAGAGUAGGAAUGACUUCUUCAACCUUUUAAAGAAGAAAUCUACUACGGACUCUGCUUCUUCUGUCCUUGAUCCCGGCCCUGCUGUGUCACAACCUGUCUCUGAGAAGCCUGAUGAACUUGACGCUGAUGAUUCCAGCUCUGCUGUUACUCUGAAGGAUGCGGGUGAUCUAGCACAAAAAAUCUCAAUUGCUUUGCCAACUGACAAUAGGAGUGAAAUAGCCCUGAAUGGAGAUGCUUAUACCGAGUCUCAGCACUGUUCUAGCAAUGGAGAUGGGCAUUCAAGGCCUGAUGUUUUCCUUUAUUCUGAUGAGGAAGAGGCUGCUUUUUUACGUUCCCUUGGUUGGGAAGAGAAUGCUGGAGAUGAUGAUGGUCUUACAGAAGAGAUUAAUACCUUUCUCGAGCAGUACUCGAAAUUGAAACCAUCUGCAAAACUUUUUCAACGAAUGCAGUCAUUAAGCCCAUUAAACUCUCGUAAUGGGCCUCAUGGUGACGCGUCAUCUUGAAUUGAGCUCAAUGGAUUCCAAAGGAGAAGCUUUGACUCGUCGAAGUUCUAAUUGACUUGGUAAAAUUUGAAUGCGUUGAAGUGACUGCCCACUUUUUUACCCUCUUUUUUUAUUAUUAAUAUUAGGAUGAAAAUACAAGGAAUCUGGUUUUAAAAGAAGGAUAGGAUACAACGUGUCUGUUACUGUUUGUGUAGUGGAUUGGAACUUAAGAGCAUUGAUGAGUUCUACCUUGGUUUUUUAGCAUAGGAUUUCUAAGAUACAUAAAAGCAAGGUUGAGAGAGAGAGUAGGAAUAGGUUUAUUUUAUGCCUGCAAUAUAAGAACUUAGUGCGGGGUAAAUAGUUUUUACUGUCUCUGGGUUUUAACU